GUCUUUUGGUAUUCGCUUUGACACGCAGACUUCAGGGCGCCAGCCUUCUGCGAACUGUCUCUACCCUUGACGAAGGAAAAGGCAGCCUUCUCACCGUCGGACCCGGCGAUGCAGCGGCACGUCGCCUCCGGCCGGCCGUCGGGCACGGACGGCUCCGACUUUUCUUACCGCAUGGUCGUCGAAUCCCGGUACCAGAGGGUCGCCGAGGGCAGAUCCCGCCUCGCGCGCCUCAUCCUCGUGCAGGCGCUGCACCUAGUGGCCGGAGGCUUGCUUCUAUUGCUGUCGUUGUCCAAGGGGGCGGCGGUGAACAAGUUCGCCGUGCUGUCCAUGGCCGCGGGAUUCCUGGCUAUAGUGGUGGGGGAAUUAGGGCGAUUGCGGACCAUGGCAGUGCUGCUUCGGCUUUACACAAGCUUGUCAUCAAUUGCGGUUGCAUUCUCUGUGACGUGCAUUAUCCGGUCAGAGUUGUUCUUGAAGGUUAUGAAGCAAAACACAGAGGCCAUCACAAGCUACGAAAUGCUUGAUGCGGUUCGUGUUGCUCUUGGUAUCCUGCUGCAAAUGGUGGUUAUAGCUACAACUACCAGACUCCUGCAGAAUAUGUCUCCUCCCAAGAGAGCUUCAUGAAUGCUAUGACAUUUUAGCUUUGUUUCAAGUAGUAAGGGAUACAAACUUCGAGUUAAAAAUAUUGGCCAAGUGCGAUAGUCUUGUACCGAAGAUGCUACUGGUGUACAACUGUCAGGAAAUCGUGGUUUACUUGUUU